GGGCAACGUGUCUGUGUUUCAGACGAUCCAUUAAUUUGAUCUGUUUUUUUGUGGCUAAAGAGAUGGUUGAUAACAUUAGAGGUAGUCCUGAUUCAGAAGUUAACAAGAAGUACAAGGUUGCAAGUGAUCAGAGUAACAACAACAACAACAACAACUCAGGAGAUGAUGGUUACAUCAAAGAGCAAGAUCGGCUUCUUCCAAUUGCUAAUGUUGGAAGGAUAAUGAAGCAAAUCCUACCACCAAAUGCAAAGAUCUCAAAAGAAGCUAAAGAAACUAUGCAAGAAUGUGUUUCUGAGUUUAUUAGUUUUGUUACUGGUGAAGCAUCUGACAAGUGUCAUAAAGAGAAGAGGAAGACAGUUAAUGGAGAUGACAUUUGUUGGGCUCUUGGUACAUUAGGUUUUGAUGACUAUGCUGAACCAUUAAAAAGGUAUUUGCAUAGAUAUAGAGAAUUAGAAGGUGAGAAAGCUAAUCAAACCAAGGCAUCUUCUGGAAAUAAUAUAGAAGAUAAAGAUGAUCAACAACAAAUCAGGAAACAACAAGCUUUAGCUUCUUCACCUCUCAAGUUUAGUAUGAUUGAUAAGAGUAAUGGUGGUGGCUCCAUUUCCAGGCCAUUUUAAGAUCUUC